AAAAGACAUGGGGAAAAUCAUUGCGAAAUUCUCGAAUGAGCUGCUCGUUCGGCUUCUGCGAAGUUUUCCUGAAGAAGUGCUGUUGAGCCGACGCCAGGGUGAAUCUCGUUCGCGGUAUGCGCGUAUCAAAUUACCUCUUGCCAAACAUUUUUCCCGCUCCCUAGGGUGCCGUCACUCUCGUGACGUCGCGUCUGUCAGUGAGGGGGGUUAAGUAAUCCAUGGCGGUAGGGCACUGGGGUUGUCCUAUUUUAUACACAAUAAGAAUCUGCAGUUGGAACAAAUGGUGCCCAGCUGAUGGCACGUUUUGCUCCAUCCACGCGGCAUAAAAAUGAAGGAGUUGGAGUUGGUGUUCGCUGUUGCUCACCAUUGGGACGGAAGUCAGAGCCGGUGAAUGGUCUGGAUGCACCUUCCCGCCAAUCAGCGCGAGGGCAUGGGGUCUUGGUCACGGGUCUCUUGCUAUCCCUGAUCAACGACAAAAGCCCUGAAAGCAACUUCGACGGGCAUCAGGAAUUGCCCUAUCUCUCCUCCAAGAGCACCAAAACAAUUAGCAGGUCGGUCUCUGGUCUGCCUCUACCAAUUCCAUGUAGGGAGAUCUCUCCAAGUUUAUUCGGUAUUCUCCGAGUUCCUUCCGUGUCAUGUCAGUUAAGACCCUUUAAACCCUGCCAAGAACCAAAUUUCCAAGCAAUCUAGAAUGACGUAUCAAUGACGUGACCCUUACCGUUGAUCGUCCUAUUCCUA